CCAAGGUGCUGCGCUGUGACAAGAACGUCCCAGUCCCCAAGAAACUCGCCGCAGGCGAAGUGUUGGUCAAGGUGCAAGCGGCGGCUCUCAACCCAUUAGGCUACAAGCUCAUGGGCAUGUUGCCGGGCUUCCUCGCCAAGAAGCCAUACAUUCCAGAGUACGACCUCGCCGGCAUAAUAGUUGAUGCCAACGGGACUAGUCUCAAGGAGGGUGACCAGGUUUAUGGGUGGAUUCCUGCAACCGUCCCGGUGAAGCCGGCAAGUGGUACCCUCGCGCAGUAUGCGAGCGUAGCUGCCGAUGACCUCGUCCCUCUUCCCGCCAAUAUUACUCCUGUGCAAGCCUCGGGAAUAACGGUGGUAGCCUUGACCGCUUACCAGGUUCUCUUUGACGUUGGCGGCCUCCAACCGAAGCAGAGCGUGUUUAUCAACGGUGGUAGCACCGCGGUUGGCUCAUUUGCCAUUCAAAUUGCCAAGGCAACUGGUUGCAAAGUUACCGCCAGUGCUUCCGCGAAGAACGAAGAGUAUGUGCGGUCACUCGGUGCAGAUGAGUUCGUUGAUUAUACCAAGGCACCGCUACACAAGACUCUCGCCGCUAAUCCUCCUACUCCGAAGUUCGACGUCAUUUUUGAGGCAGCCGGUCUCAUGGACACCUCGCUCUAUACACAUAGCGAGGUGUACCUCGCCCCCGGCGGCAAAUUCAUCUCCGUAGGACCUCAGCCGAAAGGAUUCGAUGUUGUCGGGAUUCUCAAAAUCGCGUGGAAAAUCUUCCUUCAACCACGCUUCCUCGGUGGCACCAAGCGUUCUUGGAAGGUCCACCAGGUCCAUCCCAAGCGCGCAGAUCUGGAGCAAAUCGCAAAAUACGUUGCUGAAGGGAAAGUCAAGCCUCUCGUAGAUUCAGUAUAUGCCUUUGAAGAUGCUUUGAAAGCGUACGAACGUCUGUUGACUGGCCGGGCGACCGGCAAAGUGGUGAUUAAGGUGGAUCCCGGAGUUGUCGAGUGAGGGCUUCGCAGCGAUGUCAUUGUAGUGAUGUUUGUUUUGUCUUUCUUUUCUUGUUAUCUGGAUGGUGUUCUUUGGAUGGUCUCUGUGUGCUAGGACUGUGCUCGUAGAUUUAAUUGUACACCCGGAAUCACCUAGCUUAUUUAGUGCAUAUGCUUUGUUCUCGCUGACUUGGUAAGAUGGCAUACGGCUACUCGAAUGACUUGUUUGCCUGGUUUGGUAGAAGCGCUCAAUGCGAUCGAGAUCGACCC